AUGCCCCAACGUCACGUCGUGCAGAUGUCCACCAGCCACGCCACCUACGGGGUCUGCGUGCUGGGGACCGAGGUCUUCCUCGACACGCGCCGAUCCACUCCCAAAGGUGCCACGUCAUUCGACGUCCACGCCACCUCUGCGGUUACAGUCCACAUCAUCCACAGCCCCACGACAAAACCCAUGGCCAACUCCAGGUGGCCCCUGGAUCCUGAUAUAGAGGUGGUCGUGACCAUUGAUGUCACCAGCAGGAGCGUCAAUGACAACAAGGUGAAGAUUUCAUACUAUGGACGGGAGGGCAACGAGCUCUCGGUGGCUUGGUUGUAUCUCACCUGCGUGGAGAUAUCCUUGGACGUGGACCUGAACCGUAAUGGCAGAGUGAAGAGCAAGGGGAAGGACAAGGCCAAGUGGACGUGGGGUCCUGAUGGGCAAGGUGCUGUGCUGCUGGUCAACUGUGACCGGGACAGCCCCGGGGCAGGGGGGACAGACAGCGGCCAGGCAGACAUACGGACCACUGCAGACCUUCAGGACAUGUCCCUCAUGGUGCUGCGGACUCAAGGGCCCAGUGCUAUCUUCUCAGAGUACCAGGUGGUCCUGCACGUCCCCGAGUCGGAUGCAGAUAAAGUGAGAGUUUUCCAUGCUAUCCGGAGUGACUCAUACCCCCACUACAAACCUGUGUUGGGGCCAGACAAGCUCUCCUACGUGCUGGACCACGCUGGCCAUGGAGAAAACACCUUCUACGUGGAAGGGUUGGCUUUCCCCAACGUGGGCUUCUCUGGGUUGGUCUCCUUCAGUGCCAGCUUGCUGGAGGUCCCCCACAAGAACUCCCUGGGCACCCCAAUUUUCACGGAUACGGUGGUUUUCCGCGUGGCACCCUGGAUAAUGACACCCAACACCCAGCAGCCUAUGGAGGUUUUUGUCUGCAGCAUCCAGUGGGGCUCAGACUCCAAUGAGGUCUUUCUGGAAGGGAUCCGUGGCCUGCUGAGGAAAGCCAACUGCAAGCUGACCAUCUGCUCAGAGGUGGAAACCCGCAGUGACCGCUGGAUCCAGGAUGAGCUGGAGUUUGGCUAUGUGGAAGCACCACACAAGACCUUCCCUGUCGUCUUCGACUCGCCCAGGAACAGAGGCUUGAAGGACUUUGCUUUUAAAAAGAUCCUGGGCCCAGAUUUUGGCUACGUGACCUGUGAGCCCCCCGGGAGAGCUGUCACCAGCCUCGACUCCUUUGGCAACCUGGACGUCAGCCCGCCGGUGACGGUGCGAGGGAAGGAGUAUCCCCUGGGGAGGAUCCUCAUCGGCAGCCCCCUGCCCUGGGCCUCUGGCCGGCGGAUGUCCAAGGCCAUCAGGGAUUUUCUUUACGCCCAGAAAGUUCAGGCACCAGUGGAGAUUUACUCGGAGUGGCUGAGCGUGGGCCACGUGGAUGAAUUCCUCACCUUCGUCCCUGCUUAUGAUAGGAAG